AUGCCGAGGUGCCCCAUCAAGGAUUUGAGUAAGCGGCCGUCCCCUCUGUCUCUCUCCCUGUCCCUCUCUUCCCCCAUGGCUUCCGCCGAAAUCCCCAACGCCGACACCGCCGACCCCAACCCCAACCCCAACCCCAUCCCCAUCCCCGCAGGCUCGCCGUCGCCUCCGCUCCCGCCGCGCAAGCGCCGCCUCUCCCUCUCCCCAUCUCCCGCACCCUCCCCCAGGCGCUCCCCGUCUCCCUCCCGCUCCCCUGGCGGCGGCCGCCAAACCCGUAGCCGCAGCCGGAGCCGCAGUCGGAGCCGGAGCCGGAGCCGCAGCCCGCGCCAGCCCGACGUCAAGCGUCGGCGGCAAAACGACCUCACUGUCGAGGCGUGCCGCGACUACCUGCGCGACAGGUGCACCCGCUCCGACCUCGAGUGCAAGUACGCGCACCCGCACCAGUCCAUCUCCGUCGACGGGGAGAACAAGGUGACGGCAUGCGCGGAUUCGCUGAGGAACAACUGCUUCCGGGGCAGAACCUGCCGAUACUACCACCCGCCUCCCCACAUCCAGGAGACGAUGCUGAGAUCAAUUGGUUUGGACGUCCCACAUCUGAGGACAGUGUGCAGAGAUUUUGCACGUGGGCGAUGUUCAAGAUCAGCAAAUGAGUGCCGCUUCUUGCACCAUUCAGCUGUUCAAGAGACUCCAAUUGUUUGCCAAGAUUUCUUGCGUGGGAGGUGUGACCGUAUAUCAUGUCGGUACACUCAUGUAAUGGCACAACCAAUGGUCCCCCCACCAAUGAGGGAUAUUCCCAUGCAAAUGCAAUACCCUGAGAUGGUUUACAUGCCACCGCCACCACCACCACCACAUGGAUUACAUAUGAUGGCUCCUCCUCUCUCGCCUCCUAGAACUUUUGCUGGUCCUAAGGCGCAAGUUUGCAGGGACUACUUGAAGAACAUGUGCAAUAGAGAAUCCUGCAGAUUUGUACAUCCUGAUUCACAAACUGAGGUGGCACAUGACAAUGUUGAAGUUUGCCGUGAUUUUAAACGGGGAGAAUGUACGCGACCUGCCUGCCGCUUUUACCACCCAUCUUCAAACUGAAGUCCUCUUAGAUAAAGUAAAGUUACCUAUAUCCAAUGAUUUUUUUUCUUUUUUGAAUCCAGAAUCAGAUUAGUAAUGCAUGGCUGCUGAAUACACACAUGAGGCUGUACACCCCUAGAAACCCUCACUACAAGUUAACCUUAAUCUUUCUUUCUGGACAUUUUGUUUUGUCCAUUAAAAAUAGGUGGAGAGUUUUUUUUUAAGAUUGCCAAAAUUUAUUAAUUAAAUAUGUAUUCCAUAUGAGUAAUCUAACAUUACUGAGAGAGUCA